AUGUGCCUCCCUGGUCCCUGCUGGGCCUGCUGUCUUCUGCUCACUGUCUUCUCCCUGGGAGUCCAGGGGGCCCCUGAGGCACCCACAGCUGCUCCCGAGCAAGUCCAUCUGUCCUACCCAGAUGAGCCGGGUGCCAUGACGGUCACCUGGACCACGUGGGUCCCUACCCGCUCAGAAGUACAGUUUGGGCUGCAGCUCUCAGGGCCCCUGCCCCUCCGGGCCCAUGGCACUUCCAGCCUCUUUGUGGACGGGGGCCUUCAGCGCCGGAAGCUCUACAUGCACCGGGUGGUCCUUCGGGGGCUGCUGCCUGGGGUCCAGUAUGUUUACCGCUGUGGCAGCGCCCAGGGUUGGAGCCGUCCGUUCCGCUUCAGGACCCUAAAGAAAGGGACCCACUGGAGCCCCCGCCUGGCAGUGUUUGGGGACCUGGGGGCCGAAAACCCAAAGGCUCUCCCCCGGCUACGCAGGGACAUACAGCAGGGCAUGUACGACGCUGUUCUCCAUGUGGGAGACUUUGCCUACAACAUGGACGAGGACAACGCCCGCGUGGGGGACAAGUUCAUGAGACUCAUCGAGCCCCUGGCCGCCAGCCUGCCCUACAUGACUUGUCCUGGGAACCACGAACAACGCUACAACUUCUCUAACUACAAGGCUCGCUUCAGUAUGCCGGGGAACACGGAGGGCCUUUGGUACAGCUGGGACCUGGGCCCUGCCCACAUCAUCUCUUUCUCCACCGAGGUCUACUUCUUUCUCCACUACGGCACCCACAUGAUGGAGAGACAGUUCCGCUGGCUGGAGAGUGACCUCCAGAAAGCCAACCAGAACCGAGCAGCCCGGCCGUGGAUCAUCACCAUGGGGCACCGGCCCAUGUACUGCUCCAACGCCGACCUGGACGACUGUCGUAGUCACGAGAGCAGGGUCCGCAAAGGCCUCUUGGGAAGAUUGUAUGGCUUGGAGGAUCUGUUCUACAAAUACGGGGUCGACCUGGAGCUGUGGGCUCAUGAGCACUCGUAUGAACGGCUGUGGCCAAUUUACAACUACCAGGUGUUUAAUGGCAGCCGAGUGACGCCCUACACCAACCCCCGGGCUCCUGUGCACAUCAUCACGGGGUCCGCUGGCUGCGAGGAGCGGUUGACGCCGUUUGCCAUCUUCCCGGGGCCCUGGAGCGCCCUGCGGGUGAGGGAGUAUGGUUAUACCCGGCUGCAUAUCCUCAACGGGACCCACGUGCACAUCCAGCAGGUGUCCGAUGACCAGGAUGGCAAGAUUGUAGAUGACUUCUGGAUGGUGAGACCCCUGAAGAACCGGCAUAAGUACCUCUAGGGACAAGGGCC